AUGAACCGGGACGUUGAGUGUGUAAUGACACCACUUAGCUGUGGAAAUGGAAAGUUGAGGCAGUGGCUGAUUGACCAAAUCGAUAGUGGAAAGUACCCCGGGCUGGUAUGGGAAAAUGAUGAAAGGAGUAUUUUCCGCAUCCCUUGGAAACAUGCAGGAAAACAGGAUUACAAUCGAGACGAGGAUGCUGCUUUGUUUAAGGCAUGGGCACUUUUUAAAGGCAAAUACAGAGAGGGUAUUGACAAACCCGAUCCUCCAACAUGGAAGACAAGAUUACGUUGUGCUUUGAACAAAAGUAAUGACUUUGAAGAGCUAGUUGAAAGAAGUCAACUAGAUAUCUCUGACCCAUAUAAGGUGUACAAAAUUGUACCAGAAGGUUCAAAGAAAGGAAUAAAGCAGAUUGGUUCAGAGGACACGCAGCUGCUAGUGAACCAUCCUUUUGUUGUACCUCCAUCUUACAGUGCUCUUCCAUCUCACCCCCAGGUGCCAAACUUUAUGAUUCCUCAUGAACGUAGCUGGAGAGAUUUUGCACCAGAACAACCACAUCCUGAGCUUCCUUACCAGUGUGCAAGUGUCCCUUUUGCACCACGCAGUCACCUUUGGCAAAACACAUCCUGUGACAAUAGUUACCAGGUUACUGGAUCGUUUUACACAUGUGCACCAUCCGAGUCACAAAAUCCUGGACUUCCUUUUGAGCCAAGCAUACGGUCUGGUGAGGCCAUUGCUUUGUCAGAUUGUCGACUACACAUUUCCUUAUAUUACCGAGAUACUCUUGUUGGUGAGAGAACAACAUCUAACCCCGAAGGAUGCAGAAUUGCACAUGGACAAUGCUAUGAUAUCAGUCGUUUAGAUCAAGUACUUUUUCCUUACCCGGAGGACAGCAGUCUUAAAAAAAAUAUAGAAAAACUACUGAGUCACUUGGAAAGAGGUGUUAUUCUUUGGAUGGCUCAUGAUGGAAUAUAUGCUAAACGAUUGUGUCAGAGCAGAAUAUACUGGGAAGGUCCUUUAUCCAUAUACAGUGAUCGACCAAAUAAGCUGGAACGAGACAUACCGUGUAAAUUAUUUGAUACUCAGCAGUUUUUGACAGAGCUUCAAUCAUUUGCUCACCAUGGAAGACCAGUACCUAGAUUUCAGAUCAUCCUAUGUUUUGGUGAAGAAUUUCCAGACCCACAGAGGCAGAGGAAGCUAAUUACAGCUCAUAUUGAGCCAGUAUUUGCCAGACAACUAAUUGGCUUUGCUGAACAAAAUGGUGGACAUUUCCUGCGAGGUUACGACUUGUCAGAUCAUAUCAGCACCUCAGAAGAGUAUCAUAGAAUUCGACACACCUCACUUCAGGAUUGAUACCAUUUAUUGUGGUAUAC